AUGCAUCUAGCACACGCGCUGGUCGCCAGUGCCCUUGCCCUCAGGGCCUCAGCCUUCCUCAUCCCCCUCGAGAUCUCAAAGACAGCAGAGCAGGCCAACGCUGAUCUUGCGCGUCUAUUUUCCAGUCCCAGCGUCGUUGCCGUUGAUCUCGAUUGCCCUGGCUGCCCGUACUUUGCCGGAGAAGACUCAGCGCAGCCACAAUCCGAUGUCGAGAACAAAAUUCAUCUUCAAUUCGGCAUCGACCCCGAGCACGGCUUGACCCUCAACUCCGUUCCCAUCUUUCCCCAUGAUCCUACGAAUGCGGGUAUCCCAUACGUCGUGUCAGCUCCUCAGAUCAGAGUUGAAGAUGGCUCCCAGACGGAGCCAGUGCAGCUGGAAUUUGCCUACGAGAGGCUUCAACCCGUCAAAUCGCAAGAAGACCCCGAAGUCACCAUUCUACCACUUCGCUUCACGAUCCUUGGUCUGCGAGGCUAUCCUGUAAAGGUCGACACCAUUGCCAUUGACCUCCUCGAAACUCCCACCGAGACCGCUUUCGCCAGAUACGCUCAAAUUCCGUUCGAGGACACUCCCGGUGCCACCAGCUGCGACACCGCCUCGAAAUGGUCACUCUGCCGCCUGAGAGCCAUCAUCGCUGCCCGUCUACAAUCAAUCAUGGAAGUUGCAAAAGCACGUGCCCACGGAGAGAAAAGCUGGAAGCACGGUGGCUGCGGUGGUAGAAAGUUCGGAGGUAGGAAGUCUGGACCCAAUGGCAGACACCACGGCCAUGGUCACCACAUGAGCGGCAAACAUCACCACGGCCAUCACUACCGUGCCCACCACAUCGGACACAUCCUACAUCAAACACUUCGUUUCUUUGUCAUCCCUGCUCUUCUUGGCGUCAUUGGAGGCUUGAUGGCCAGUGCAGUGGGCAUGCUCGUCGGUCAAAUGAUAUCCUACCUUUGGACCCGCUAUUACCGUCGCGGUCAACGAGGAGACGCCAGUGUCCGGGUUGUCGAGAUUGUUGUCGGCGAGGACGAGAAGACCGCAUUGAUGGAUGACACCUCUGACCUUCCACCACCACCACCGGAGUACACAGACCUUGAGGCCGUUGCGAAGUCGUGA